CACGCCAACUGGUCACUCACGAUCGGCCAACUCGCCAAUUCCCGACAGAAACCGGCCGGUCUGACUCGACGCUCGAGCGCCGACAAACUGGCCGUCGAGUCCGGCGAACUCACCUUCGCGCCGAGCGAGCCAGCGUCAAGAGCCGGCACGGCUACAAGCGCAAAGCCGGCGUCGGCGGCGAGGCGGCGGUCUCGAGCAAGCGGCGGCUCGCCGUGCCGCUCGAGGCCUGCCGGACGGACUCGGAGUCGGAGCGGUCGGCGCGGUCGACGCGACUCGACGCCUACGCGUCGGCCGGCCUCGAGCCCGAGGCCUGGCUGCUUGGACGUCUGCAGUUGCUGCCGCCGCAAGCCGAGCCGCUCGAGGGG